GUUUCCUGGGCUAGGCAGGAGAUGAAUAGUCCCACUCAGAUCAUGGAAUGCGCAGACAAUAUCAUUUGGUGACCAGAGUCGCCUGAAGCCAAUUGCGUUGCUACUCUCAUCAUUCACUUUCAAUUGUGCUUGGUAGCGAAAUUCCUACGGACAGGUGGACGUCCAUUGGCUGACGCACCUUGGCAGUCCUACCCCAAGCUCAUGUACGAAGGAGCCGUACCUGCCCUGUGCUUUCCUCCUUCCUCAACUCGAAAUAACCUCGGGUCCAUCAUCAGUCCACCCCACUAUCACCAUCAACGACCUAGACUUCAUCCCUCUUCCCCAUCCCAGCUCCCGCCUUCCAUUUCACUACCGCAACGCCGGCAUCGAAUCCACCGUACUUCUUUGAAGCCGGAUUCCAAUCCAAAUUUCGGAAGAAUAGGCCAAGUCAAAGUCACGCCCUGAAACGGGGAUUCUCUCACAAUGCUCUUCAUCGGUCUAACAGGCUCCAUCGCAACGGGCAAGUCAACCGUUUCCUCCAUUCUCUCCAACCCUCCUUACUCCAUUCCCCUCAUCGACGCCGAUGUUCUCGCCAGGAAAGUCGUCGAACCCGGAUCAAAUGGAUAUGCCGCUAUCGUGAAGCACUUCCUCCCCACAACCCCGGACCUCCUCGUCCCGGUCUCAGAGACCAUGCCCGAGGCCGGCCCCGACGGCAAAGGACGACCACUCAACAGACCCGCCCUCGGCAAGCGCGUCUUCGGAGACACGGAAGAGCUCAAAAAGGACCGUGCCGUACUCAAUGGUAUCGUUCACCCGGCCGUUCGCUCUGAGAUGUACAAGGCCAUCCUCCGCGCCUACGUCACCGGUCACUGGGCUGUUCUCCUCGACGUUCCCCUAUUAUUCGAAAGCAGCCUCGACCGUCUCUGCGGCACCGUGCUUGUCGUUGCCGUCAAGGACCCCGAGGUACAGAUGCAGCGUCUCAUGGCCCGCGAUCCCCAUCUCAGCCGCGAAGACGCCGAGAACCGCGUGCUCAGCCAGACGGAUGUGAGACUCAAGGCGCGGAGAUGCGAGGCCAGAGGUGAGGGCAAGGGCGUCGUACUAUGGAACGACGGCUCCAAGGAAGAUCUGAAGAGAGACAUUGGCGAGGCUAUCCGUCACGUUCAGGCCUCCAGCCCAGUGUGGUGGAGCUGGUUGCUCCUGGCGUGUCCACCAGCGGCAGCAGCCCUCGGGGCCUGGCGAUUUUGGCAGAAUGUCCGCAUCAACAAGGCAUGGGCGGAGCAGGAGAGAAUUGAGAAGGCAAAGUUGUAGGCCGACUCUCGACAACCACAGUACAAGCACAAUCCCGAUGACCACAUCCCCGGGUUCACUCGUAAUCUUGAAUGAAGGCAAGUGUCUCACGGGUUUUGGCUUCACGAAUGAGCUUCAUUGCCCCGUUUCAUUGGUGCGGUAUCGCAUGACCGGGCAUCGGGAGGCGAUGUAUCACUUGGCCUCUUUCCUACGAACGUUGUUUCUGCCAGAAGCAGGUUUCGGGCGACAGCGUCAUGAAAUGCUUCAAGAAGGGGUUCAAAUUCUUCGAAGUGAGGGCCAGUAUAAAGGUAAAUAGCACUUGUCAUCCGGUGAGAUGGCUCCCCUGCAAAUGUUCACACUCGACUUCUGUCCUUUUGAGAGAGAGAGAUAUUCUCCAGAUACAUCUGAUACAUAAUGAAACACCUGAUGAAGACU